AUGCUCAUCCAAUUUUUCUGUCUCAUCUUUUUAAUUCAUUUUGGUACAUCCAUAAGUAAUCAAGAAGAUUUAUCUAUAUCCAAAUAUUUUCAUAUCGGAUGUUUAAUAUUAAAUACCAAUAAUCAAUAUAUUAUGGAUUAUAUUCAAGAAAAUUCUUUAUCACCAUAUCAAACAUUUUCAAGUUCAAAUAUGACAAUUGAAUUAUGUUUUCGUCUAUGUCGACAAUGGAUAAUUUUAAUCAAUAAAAAUCAUACAAAUUGUAUUUGUUUAUAUACAAUGACUAAACCAAAUGAAUUCAAUGAAUUUCUUGGUGAAUUUGUAACAAUAAAUAAUUGUACUUCAAAUAAUUUACAAAUCUAUUCAUUAACAAAAGAUUUUGAUUUAUUACCAUCAACAUCAUUAUCUAAUUAUGAUUGGUCACUUGAUGGUUGUUAUUAUUUACAUGGUAUUCAAACAUAUCGUGCUAAUCUUUUAUUAAUUGAUAUUGAUUAUAAUCAAGGAAUUGAUACAUGUCGAAAACAUUGUCAAAUAAAGCGUCAAACAAAUUAUUUUUCAUUUUUUCUUUCAUUAAGAAAAUCUUGUUAUUGUUUACCAAUUGAAGUAUCCCAACCGAUGAUACCUAAAGCUGUACGAAAACCACUUAUUCAUUGUUCAUUUCUAUCUUAUUUAAAAAGUGGAUUUGAAAAUUCCUUAAAUCAAUCCGAAAUUAAUUUAGAUACAGUUGUCAAAAUUAAUGUACAACGGUAUUGUUCACCAGCAUUUAUUUUUGAUAGAAAGUUACAUCUAUGCUUAAAACUUAUUCCACUUAGUAUACUAAAUAGUUAUACAAAAAUUAAUACUAAUGAAAAUUGUCUACCAAUAUUAAUAAAAACAUAUGAACAAUGGAAUCAUUUAAUAUCAAAAACAUUGACAUUACGUACACUUACAUAUAUUAAGAUUGAUUACAAUUCAACAUAUAUAUUUGAUGAUUUAUUUAAAUCGAAAUAUAGAUCAUUACCAUCAAAUGAUCUUUGUGUUGUUAUUAUUCAAACUAAUGCAAAUCGGUCAUUAUCGUAUGAGCUUCUCCCAUGUUCAACAGCACGUUCACCAGGAUCCAUACUUUGUUCACAAAAAACUCUGGAAACAACGAUGUCUGAUCAAACAGAAUUUAAAAUGAUAAAUACUCAAGAACGAUCGUCUAUGAUUUAUAAUUAUUCUUGUCCAUCAGAAUUUGUUCUAUUCAAUAACAAGUGUUAUUAUGUUCAUACAUCUUUUGUUUUUAAUAUUUUACACGGUGAACGUCUUUGUUCGAAUAAAUAUUCGAAUAGUACACUUGUUAAAUUUAAUUUUCAUGAAUGGGAUAAUGUAAAUACCAGCAGAUUUCUUGGUAGAUCAUUUGAUGAUGUUCGACUUGAAUUUUUCUACUAUGAAUUAGAAACAAGAUUAUUAAGUGAAUCAAAAAAUGAUACGAAUACAAAACAUUGGUUACGAUUAUUACUUGGAGAUAAAACUAAUCAUAAUGAUUGUGUUCUACGUUAUUUUAUUCGUUCAUCAGGUGCAUUUACUGCUUUUCAUCGAUGUAAUCAUGGUGGUCAUCCUGUUUGUCAAUGUGAACCAAUCAGAAAUAAUAUGCUCAAAAUAAUAUUAAUUAAUGAAACGCAAAAUAAUAUAAGUCAAAUUAAAAAUGAUUCAUUAGAAACCAAUAUUAAAAUUGAGUCAUCAACAAUAGACUUAACUCUACCAUUUUUAUCAAAUUCUACUAAUCUAUCAAUUACGUCAGAUGAAACAAUCAUACCGAUUUGUGAUAAUUGUACAAGUAUAAUUGCUGAUGAAGAUCUUCUUAAUAAUGAGACUAAUAUUGAUUAUAAAUCGAAUAGUAGUAAUAUAUUAACAACGACAAAACCUCAACGUUCUAAUUAUCGACGACUGGUGAUGAUUGUUACUGGUUCAUUAAUAACAUUUAUUAUCUUUAUUACAGGCAUCGUUUUUCUUAUACGUUACAUUCGACAAACCUGUGGAUCAUAUUCAAUCCGUAAUGGUACUAGGGAUCCAUCUCGUGGAAAACAACGUCGAUCAACCGGUACAAUUCCGAAUGAUGUAUCAAAUAGACCUACUGUUGUCUAUAGUCGAUUAAAAUCACGUCCACCAUCAACAACAAUGGAUGUGGAUAUGAUGCAUGGAUUUAAUAUUUCCAGCGGAAAUGAUGAUACGGUUCAACUUUUACCACAACCUAUAAAUCCUACAACACUUAAUGAAAAUAUCAUAACAAAAGAUGAUGAAGAAUCUUUAUAUGCAAAAAUUCAACCUUCUAAUGAAAAGUGA